AUGACGAGUUUGACUGCCCCAUUCGAGGUUGUUGCUGCAUUUACGUAUGCGUCAGAUGUGCAGGGUGAUUUGCCAUUUGUGGCGGGUGAUAUUAUUGUAGUUGAUCAGGUCAUGAAUGCUGAUUGGUACAAGGGUCAUUACACAAAGGACGGAUCAGAACUGACUGGUAUCUUCCCGACAAAUUAUGUUCAAGUGAAGCCUGAUUCUGAAGAAAAAACUGAAGCUGCUGUAUCUGGGAUUGCUGCUGCUUCUACCGGAGAACCCGAAUCGGAGCAAGAGUCACCAAUUGAGUCGUUUCAACAAGCUCAGCAUGAUCUGCCCGAGCCCAGUGCUCCCGAAGUGGUAACAGAGAGCGCUUCAAAAUCACCAUCGGCGUUCAAGGAUCGGAUUUCCACUUUUAACUUGAACUCAGCUCCACCUCCAUUGCCUUCGAAUUCUCGGAAGGAGGCCGCCUUUACCAAAAAACCUGUGAUUGCGCAGUCACACUAUGUUCCUCCUGGUUUCAAGCACGCCGAUGACCACGUUGGUGUCCCUGCACCAAUCAAAAACGAAACAUCUGUUCCGCCGCAGCCUGUAUCUCCUGUCGCGAUACCUGCUCAGGAUGAAGAAGAGGAAGGUCCGAAGCUGAGUCUCAAGGAGCGUAUCGCAAUGCUUCAAAAGCGUCAGCAGGAAGAGGCCGAAAGACAGGCUGCGGUUUUGAAGAGGAAACAGGACAAAGAGCAGAAGAAGAAAGAGAGGAAAAAGUCCGUGAAGGAUGACUCUGAGUCACUUCAUACUCGUUCAAGCAUUGACACGGAGAGAGUUGAUUUGGGAGAGUCCAUACACGAGGAGGGAAAGGGCCACCAUCGUAAAUCCACAACUGAAUUUGAAGGGAUCGAGGAAAGUGAUGAGGAUGAGAUUAUUGAGCACGCUACAGGCGAGAAAGCGGACGAAAAAGAGGUUGAGGAUGAGGACGAAGAAGCUGAAGAAGACGACGAUGAUGAUGAAGAUGACGAAGAUGACGAAGAGGAUGAGGACGAAGAACGCAGAAGAGCUUUGCGUGAGCGCAUUGCGAAGAUGUCUGGAGGUAUGGGAAUGAUUGGUAUGAUGGGCAUGCCUAAUCCUAUGGCUGGAGUCCCCAAGCCGAAACCCAAGGCAAAGAAGGCAUCGGAGCCAGAGCCAGAGUCAGAACAGGCACCUCGUCCUGUUCCGGUGAUGCCAUUCGCCAUUUCGCAAACUCUUCCACCAAGCCUGGGAGGACCUGCUGAAGUGAGUGAAGAAGAAUCUGAAGACGAACCACCAGUGCCGGUUCCUACUGAGAGACCUCCCCAUGCCUUUGCUGCGCUCGCGGCUGAAGGGGUUACUGAAUCUCCAAAGUCAGUGAAGAAAGAGGUGGAUGACUCCUUUGAUCUUUCUCAGCUUCACUCUGAUGACGAGGUUCCUGUCACACUUACAUCAGCCGUCUCUCCCUCUCAUAGAAGGUCUGACAGCAAACACUCAUCAUCAUCCCGGUCCAUACCGCCAGUUCCGAUCCUGCAGAGCCCCAAGCUAACAGGAAGAAGGGCUUCUAAAACUGAAGACUUGAGUACAGGAUACGAAGGUGAUGAGGAUACUGAUGCUCCCGUGGUUGAGGAGGCCGAAGAACCUGCGUUAGGAUCCGCCCCUCCCAUUCCCACCUCACCAGAGGCAUCACGUUCUGCGCCUCCUAUUCCAACCUCACCCGUGGCAUUACAUUCUGCUCCCCCUGUUCCCCAGACUCCAAGAUCGAUCCCUCCAGUCCCAGUUGCAGAGACCUUGGAUCACGACGACGAUGACGAGGAAACGGACUCUUCAGAUGAAGGCUCUGUCACCCCUCCGGCUCCUCACGUUGCUGCACCUGUUGUUCCUGUUCUUCCUGCUGUUCCGCCUCCAGCGCCAGCUCCAGCUGUUCCAUCUGUUCCUGCUGCUCCUCAUGUUUCUCAUGUUCCUCCAAUUCCCAGAACUUCAACUGGUGGUUCUUCUGCUGGUCUCCCACAUCCCCCACCUCCACCUCCACCAAUCGCUAAUGUAGCUCCGGUGCCUCAAGUGUACUCGUCUCCAACCUCCGCUCCACCAGCUGCUCCUGUGGCCCCCUCGGCGACAUUUGACACUCCUGCGUCACGUUCUGUUGCGAAAACGUCAUUGUCAGGCACAUGGUGGUUGCACCAACAAAUCCCACCAGAGUUUGAGCCAAGAAUUGGCAAGGACGUGUACGUUGAUGUUGAAACUUUGGAGGUCCCAAAGAGGGCUGGUAAGGUGUUUGUGGUGACCGAUUACUAUGUUCUCCAUCAGAACUACUCUCAAGAAUUGAUUGAGGUGAGCUACGAGAAGUCUGACCCUCACGGGACUGUCGCCUUGAGACAGAUUUCCAUUCCUGCACCAGCUUUUGAUAAAGAGCGCGUUCGUGGAUAUUCCCGCACCCAAGGAUAUCCGGCAUUUGAGCUGGCCUCUGGGGUAUUGGGCCAUGUCCUCGAAGCCAAACUGGUCAUCUGGGUAUUGUCAAAGCUCCCCAAAGCUCUUCCUCCAGUGGGAAACCGCACUUUUGGUGUGACUGUCUAUUCGAACAAUAACAACACAGACAUCUCUACGUUGGAUGACCCAAGACCAGGCGACAUCUUCUGCGUCUCCAAGGGAAAAUUCGAGUCAAGAAAAAAGCUGCAGAAGCAUUCCUACGAACUAGGGUAUAGCUCAGUAUUUGCAGCAGUCAUAUCUGAAUAUGACUCGAGCAAGGGAAAGUUUAGGGUGAUUGAGCAAGAUGAUUAUGGUAAGGUAAGGGCAAGCAGCCAUAGGCUCUCGGAUCUGAAAUCAGGAAGAGUCCGUGUAUUCAGGAUUGCGGAAAGAGAUUACGUAAAAUGGUAA